CAUUCCACGGCGUCGUUUCGGUGUUGCUUCCUCAGCUCCUCCGUCCUCCCUCUGUCUCCCCCUCCCUCCCUCUCUUCCAUUAUUCUCGCGCUCCCGCCCCAGUCCAACUCUCUCGGCGCCUCUUUUUUUAAAUUUUAAUAACGCCAGCCGGCGACGCCUGCGCAGGUCUUGCCGGCACUGCGUCGGUGAAUCUCGCAAUCCCAGGUUCUUGGGCAUAGUAGCAGGCCCGGUCCGUCUCCCUGGGGCUCCUCUCCUCUCGUGGCCGAUACUGGUUGAGCAUCAUCGAGAGUUGAAGAAAACAUGUUUUGGAGAAAGCAAACUUCUCAUUUCGAGUCAGAUGAUGCUGAGCAGAGACAGGCAAAGAUCAAGGAACUGAGAGCUGCACUUGGGCCUUUGUCCGCCCGUGGAGAGAAAUAUUGCAAUGAAGCAUGCUUGGUAAGAUAUCUCGAGGCCCGCAACUGGAAUGUCGACAGGUCUAGAAAAAUGCUAGAAGAAAGCCUCGAGUGGAGGGCAGCCAGGAGGCCUGAGGAUAUUCGCUGGACGGAUGUUUCAGUUGAAGCAGAAACAGGUAAAAUGUACAGGGCACCUUUCACAGAUAGAGAGGGGAGAACCGUGAUUGUAAUGAGGCCUACAAAGCAGAAUACAUCAUCUCACGAAGGGCAGUUGCGGUAUCUUACAUAUACCUUGGAGAAUGCAGUCCUCAACCUGCCUCAAGGUCAAGACAAAAUGGUGUGGCUGAUAGACUUCACUGGAUGGACACUGGCCCAUAGAAGUCCCUUCAAGACUUCCAGAGAGACUAUGAAUACCGUGCAAAACCAUUACCCGGAGAGGCUUUCAGCUGCAUUUAUGUUCAAUCCGCCCAAAAUAUUUGAGGCUUCUUUUAAGGUUCUCAAAGUACUGAUUGACCCGAAAUCGGCCCAGAAACUGAACUUCGUGUACAAGGAGAACGAAGAGAGCAUGAAGACAAUGUACAACCACAUAGAUCCAGAAGUCCUUCCUGUAGAGUUUGGAGGGAAGAACAGUGUAGUGUACAAUCAUGAGGAUUACUCUAAGUUGAUGACAAGAGAUGACAUCAAAACGGCAAGCUUUUGGGGGGCAGAUGGUAACCAUGCCAUGAACGGGCACUCGGUUCCUGAGGUUAAAUCGCAGUUAUCACUAACUGUUGCUAAAGCAAGUUGAGGAACAUCGGCCAGCCAUCUCACCGGCUGUUGCUAAAGCAAAUUGAGAUGCAUCAGGCAGCCAUUAUAAGCUUACGAUGGCCUUCAGUACAGUUCUGAAAGAGGAAUAAAGAAAUGCAACUGCAGAAUAUCUUGCUUGUGCUAUACUUGUCCAUCACCAAAUAGGUGAUUUCAUUACUAUCUCAUGGCCAAGAUAUCCACAUACCAAGUAAGAUCCAGUGAUUUAUUUUUGGGAA